UCGGUUUUCGGGUUAUUCGGAUUGGGAUGUUUAGGAACCGUUUAGGAACCGAAAAUUUUUCGGAUCGGUUCGGUUCGGAUAAUGUCGGGUUCGGGUCGGGUUUCUAUAUUUUUAUAAAACCCGAAAUAGAACCGUAUUACAAAUAAUUCGGGUUUGGUUCGGGUUUAAAACCCAAAAAUCCCGAAAACAUGAGCUAAACCCGGAAAAAACCGAAAAUAUAUUCGGGUUAUUCGGGUAGUUCGGAUUUUUUAAGAUAUUUUUUAUUUAUAAAUUAUAUUUUUAUAUAUUAAAAUUUAAAAUAUUCAAAAUAUUCAAAAUAUUCGGGUACCCGUUCGGUUCUCGGUUCGGUCCCGGUUCGGUUUCGGUUUUUCGGAUUUAGAAAUAUAAGAACCGUUCGGGUUUCUGUAAUUUUUGGUCCGGUUUCCGUCCCGGUUUUUUCGGUUCGGUUCCGGUUCGGUUUUCGGGUUUCGGAUAAUAUGCCCAGGACUAAUUGAGUGUGUGACAAUAAACUAAAAAACAAAACUCUAUAUUCACAUCACAAGGGACUGUUUUUUCUAGACAUAUGCUAUUGUCUAUGAUAAAGACCAGCAAGUUUCUGUUCUUCAUGUUCUGUGGUGAUCAUAUUCUCUCAUCUCCGUUUUCUAAAUGGAUUAAAAUUAAUAAGAAAGUAAAGUGGGGACCUGAAGUUUCUCAACAACAGAACAACCAGUCUCUGUCACAGGUUAAGUUGUUCUUUGAUUAUAUCCACUACUAGGAUCACACAUGACAAUUUUCGUUUCCUGUCAUCUGUCAUAUCUACAAGACAGAACCAUGUGAAACUCUUGUUUGUGUGUGUCCCAUGCUUCCAAUGGUUCCAAGUUUGUUUUCAGUCUUUCAUCAAUCUAUUUAUACAUCCAGAGACAGAGCCAACUCUUCAAUCACCAAGUACCAAAAGCAAUACAAACCUUGAAUCUGAGCAUCUAAACUGUUCUAAGAAGCUUCAGAUUUCAAUUUUUCCAGACACAAGAAAUGGCUUUGCUCAGAGGUCUCUUGGGUGCAAAGAAGAUUAUUAACUUUUCUGUAGCGGCUACAAGCAAAAGAACAGUUUCAGUGCCAAAGGGGUUUCUUGCGGUGUACGUUGGUGAAGACCAGGUGCAGAAGAAGAGAUAUUUGGUGCCUAUCUCAUAUUUAAACCAGCCUUCUUUUCAAGCUCUUCUUGGUAAAUCGGAGGAAGAGUUUGGAUUUGAUCAUCCAAUGGGUGGCUUAACGAUUCCUUGUCCUGAAGAUACCUUCAUCAAUGCGACUUCCCAGCUUCAGUGAUGAUGAAGAAGAAAAAAACUGACAUUAGUUUAGCCUGAGUUAGAGAGAAAAUUAUUCAAUGUAUCUAUGUUAACGUUUUUCAUCACUCUUUGUGAAAUAGAGUUAUUCAAGAGGCUACAAAAUGCAAAUGUGUAUGUCAUAGUUCCGUGUAAAAACAAUGGUUUCAAUUAUACAACAGCAGCAAGUUUUCUGAGAAUAUUUUUAUCUUUCUUGCAUGCAUAAUUGAUAAUUGUCUACGUAUCCAUAUUAGUAGCAGGAGAAAGUUGUGAGACCCAUAUAUGCUUUUGUUUACGAUCCCAGUCAUCUCACAACACAAUCAAAUUACCCCAAAGACUGCAGAGGAUACCUCAUUAAGACAGGACAAUCAGUGAAUACUUACUUGACAACGAUGUAACUCGUCAUACAGACUACAGUCAAUAAAUCAUCCUUUCUUGAUUAGUAUCUGAGUAGAGUCAUGUGGAACGCUGUUUGGAAAGAC